AGGUAUUUGUGGCCAGCCAGGAAAAAUUCCAUGCUGAGGCUGAUAAAAAUUAUUGGAAGGCUAUUGCAGAGCUCAUUCCUAAUGAAGUGCCAGCCAUAGAGAAGAAGAGAGGAAAGAAGGAUCAGGAAAAAAAGCCUGGCAUUGUUGUGAUCCAGGGUCCAAAGCCAGGGAAACCAACUGAUCUCUCAAGGUUGCGACAGAUACUUAUAAAACUGAAGCACAAUACGCCCCCUCACCUAAAGCCUUCUCCACCACCAGCACCAGCUCCUGCUAAGGAUGCUAAAGGCAGCGAUGAUGCUGCUGCUGCUCCUUCUGUCAAGGCUGCUGCUGUGGUAACUGCUACUGAGGCUGUAGCUGUUGCUUGAUUGUUUGCUUAUUGACGUUAUUGUUAAUUUGCAUGUAUUGGAAGAAGAUACAUAAGAACUUUAUACACUUUUACCCUGUAGUGUAGCAUCAAGCUUGUCCACUGGACAUAGACCAAGGGCAGAAAAACUUAAUUUAGAUCGUGCAAGGUUACAUUCUUGUAUUUCCUAUUUCUAAAAAAAAAAAAAAAAAAUGAAAUCAUUUAGAUGUGAUUUAUGACCCAACUUAUCUUUGUUAACUUUCUAGCUUGAAACAAGUAUGCCGUUAUAAUUAAUAUUAAACAUAAAGUUCAGUGAGCU